CGAUGACGUACAUCGCAUUUCCGGUCUGUAGAAAGCAUGGAAAUUUAGAAAAGAACAAUUAUUUUUUACAUUUCUUUUCAAAUUCAGAAUUUAAUUUUUUAAAAUUUUAUUAACAAUGGCUGAUAUUAACUAUAGUGAGGCAGAAAAAACUUUUAUACUUCAUGGUAUACAGGACAAAUUUCCAUGUAGAGAAGAUGGUAGAGGAUGUGAAGAUUAUCGUCAUAUGGAAAUAGAAACAGGUGUUGUAUCAAAUACGUCAGGUUCUGCAAGAUUAAGACUGGCUAAUACGGAUAUAUUAGUUGGCGUAAAAGCAGAGUUGGGCGUUCCAUCUCCAGAAAAACCAGAUUCUGGAAGUAUAGAAUUCUUUGUUGAUUGUUCAGCUAAUGCUACACCAGAAUUUGAAGGACGUGGUGGUGAAGAGUUAGCUACAGAAAUAAGUACUGUUUUAUCUAGAUGUUAUGAUAAUUCUGGUUGUUUAGAUUUAAAAUCUUUAUGUAUUAUUCCCAAACAACAAUGCUGGAUUCUUUAUAUAGAUGUAUUGUUAUUAGAAUGUGGUGGGAAUUUAUUUGAUGCAGCUUCUAUAGGGGUUAAAGCUGCUCUAUAUAAUACAAGAAUACCUAAUGUAACAGUUAAUCAAGAAGAUGAUGAAAUGGAAAUAGAAUUAUCUGAUGAUCCAUAUGAUGUUAAAAGAUUAGAUAUAUCUUCAUCACCUUGUAUUGUUACACUGAGUAAGAUUGGACAUUAUCAUGUUGUUGAUGCUAGUCAGAAAGAAGAAACUUGUUGUUUAGCAAGAUUAAUGAUGGGUGUGACAGCUAAGGGAACAAUAUCAGCUUUAAAGAAAGAAGGUUGGGGUAGUUUAAAUCCAGAAAGUAUAUUUGAUAUGAUGGAGACUGGCAAGAAGAUAGGUCAGGUAUUAAAUACUAGUUUAUUGAAUGUAUUAGAAGAAGAAGAAAAAAGUGGAAAUAAGCGUAAAACAGUUGGCUUUCUGAAAUAGUGACAUGUAAAUAACAAACUUCUGCUCAAUAUAGUGCAUUUUUAAGGGAUUGCUAUAAAGUGUGAGACAAGAUUCAUAUAAAAACUGAAGUGAAAUAUAUGUAAGGUUUAACAUGAAUAUGUUUACUUGUAUAAAGUAUGUUUAUAAAGUUA